AUGGACAUGAAGGCACCUCGAAAUAUAAACGAGGUUCAAAAGCUCAAUGGGCGAAUCACCGCACUCGGAAGAUUCAUGUCCUGCUCGGUCAAAAGAAGUUUGUCGUUCUUCAAUGCCCUAAAAGGGACACAAAAACUCGAAUGGAAUAGAGAUUGCGAGGAAGCAUUCAAGGAACUGAAGAAAUUCUUGACCACACCACCAUUGCUUAGUCGACCGUUAAAGGGAGAAACACUCUACUUAUACAUCUGCGCGAGGAAAGAAACCAUAGAGGCAGUGAUGGUAAGAGAGGAAGAUGGCAAGUUGAAACCAAUUUAUUAUAUCAGCCGAGUUCUAAAAGGAGCGGAAACGAGGUACCCGAAGAUUGAAAAAAUGGCGUUCGCCGUAGUGACUACAACUAAAAAAUUGAAAUACUACUUCCAAAGCCACAACAUGGUAGUAAGAACAAAUCAACCUCUGAGAAAGGCGAUUCAGAGGCCUGAAACGUCCGGAAGACUCGUCCAUUGGUCCAUCCAACUUAGCGAACAUGACAUCCAAUACGAACCCCGUCAUACACUCAAGGCCCAGGCCUUGGCGGAUUUCAUAGCCGAGAUACCUCCUGGUGAACCAGAAGAACUUGUACCAGAAUUACUAAGGGAACUUUACGUAGAUGGAGCUUCAAAUGAAAAAGGAGUAGGAGCGGGAGCUAUUCUCAAAGGACCUAGAAAGAUCUACAGCGAUUCUCAGCUAGUAGUAAAUCAACUCAAUGGAGAAUACCAGGCUAAAGAAACAGGAAUGAUUGAAUAUUUGGAGAAAGUCACAAAACUAUUUCGGAGAUUAGAAGCACAGGGAGGACAAUGGGAAAUUAUACAAUUCUCACGAGAGGUAAAAAUCGACGUUGACGCCAUUGCCAAAUCAGCAUCCGAGCAAGGAGACCUAUUCAUGAAAAUGCAGCUAAAGGAAACUCUCGAAUCACCAAGUAUCAAAGAAGAAGAAAUAAUGACUAUUGACGAAGCCGAUUCCUGGAUGACCCCGUUAAUCAAAUACUUAGACCAAGGAGAAUUACCAACAAACAAUAUUGAAGCCAUCCGAACCAUCCGUAAAUUUGCCAAAUACUCGUACCACAAUAGAGUUCUCUACCGAACCUCAUUAACUCACCCUUGGGCAAGAUGUGUCUCGCACGAGAGCGGAAGCCUAAUCCUGAAGGAAAUCCAUGAAGGAAUAUACGGGGCACACGAAGGAGAGGUCACCAUCGCAAGAAAAACAAUGCUUUAA